CUGCAGUGUGUCAAUGACUUAGUCAGUAACAUCACUUGUGUGUUGAACAUCACAUGCGUGCCCCCAGACAUGCCAUGCAUUCUGCAUGGUGAAUACGCUGGGACUAAAAGGUAAAGAAGACUAAGGAUGCACCCUAACUGGAACCCUAUUCCCAUAGGACCCUGGUCAAAAGUAGUGCAAUAUAUAGGGAAUAGGGUGCUUUUUGAGAUGCUAACUGAAACAAUGGUUCACUGUUUUAACUACAGUGAAUGUGAGAUGAAGUCCUUGGGCGGUUCCAACACAGCUUUGAGAGGCGGCAGUCUGGUCUUUGAGGGCAAUCCAGUGAGUUUUAUAAAACUACAUGAAGUUAUAAAUAUGCAUUAUUAUAGAUGAUAAGUAUUUUAAUAACAGAUUAUAAAAGUAAUAAAAUGAAUGUAACACAUUAAUCUGGAUGAAUUAAUUAUUAAGUUUUUCCUAAUAAUAAUAAUAAUAAUAAUAAAACAAUGACAGCAUAUAUAUAGACCAAUAGACAACCAACCCUGGAUAACUGAACUUCUGUCAAUUCUCUUUCAGUUCUUUUGGGACGAUGAUAAAAUACCCAUUAAUGUACGGUGUGGACAAGCAGAAGAUUAUGUGAUUCAGAUUAACUACACGUAUCAACCAUUUAACCACAGUAAGUGUACAGUAUUUUGAGGCCAAAGGUCUAAGUACUAUUGUGUACGAAAUGUCAGCUAUGACUAACCUACUACUACACUACUAAAUGCUGGAAAGCGUAUUAAUUUACAGUGCAUUCGGAAAGUGUUCAGACCUCUUGACUUUUCCCCAAAAUUGUCUUACGUUACAGCCUUAUUCUAAAAUGGAUUAAAUCGUACCAGAACUUUAUUAUCCAUUUACAUGAAAAUUAAUUUUGUGAGGUCAGCAUACAAAAUGCACAAACUCAAUACACUAUAAUACAACAUAAUGCAAUACAAAAAUGCUGGAAAGCGUAUUAAUUUACAGUGCAUUCGGAAAAUGUUCAGACCUCUUGACUUUUCCCCAAAAUUGUCUUACGUUACAGCCUUAUUCUAAAAUGGAUUAAAUCGUUUUUCCCCCUCAUCAAUCUACAUACAAUACCUCAUAAUGACAAAGCGAAAACAGUUUUUUAUUUUUAUUUCUGCAAAUAUAUAUAUAUAUAAAAAAACUGAUAUGACAUUUACAUAAGUAUUCAGACCCUUUACUCAGUACUUUGUUAAAGCACCUUUAGCAGCGAUUACAGCCUUAAGUCUUGUUGGGUAUGACGCUUGGCACACCUGUAUUUGGGGAGUUUCUCCCAUUCUUCUCUGCAGAUCCUCUCAAGCUCUGUCAGGUUGAAUGGGGAUCAUCGCUGUACAGCUAUUUUCAGGUCUCUCCAGAGAUGUUCGAUCGGGUUCAAGUCCGGGCUCUGGCUGGGCCACUCAAGGACAUUCAGAGACUUGUCCCGAAGCAACUCCUGCGUUGUCUUGGCUGUGUGCUUAGUGUCGUUGUCCUGUUGGAAGGUGAACCUUCGCCCCAGUCUGAGGUCCUGAACAGGUUUUCAUCAAGGAUCUCUCUGUACUUUGCUCCGUUCAUCUUUCCCUCGAUCCUGACUAGUCUCCCAGUCCCUGCCACUGAAAAACAUCCCCACAGCAUGAUGCUGCCACCACCAUGCUUCAUCGUAGGGAUGGUGCCAUGUUUCCUCCAGACGUGACGCUUGGCAUUCAGGCCAAAGAGUUCAAUCUUGGUUUCAUCAGACCAGAGAAUCUUGUUUCUCAUGGUCUGAGAGUCUUUUGUGUGCAUUUUGGCAAACUCCAAGCGGGCUGUCAUGCCUUUUACUGAGGAGUGGCUUCCGUCUGGCCACUCUACCAUAAAGGCCUGAUUUGUGGAGUGCUGCAGAGAUGGUUGUCCUUCUGGAAGGUUCUCCCAUCUUAACAGAGGAACUGUAGAGCUCUGUCAGAGUGACCACCGGGUUCUUGGUCACCUCCCUGACCAAGGCCCUUCUCCCCCGAUUGCUCAGUUUGGCCGGGCGGCCAGCUCUAGGAAGCGUCUUGGUGGUUCCAAACUUCUUCCAUUUAUGAGUGACGGAGGCCACUGUGGUACCCUUCCCCAGAUCUGUGCCUCGACACAAUCCUGUCUCUGAGCUCUACGGACAAUUCCUUUGACCUCAUGGCUUGGUUUUUGCUCUGAAAUGCACUGUCAAUUGUGGGACCUGUGGCACUGUGUGCCUUUCCAAAUCAUGUCCAAUCAAUUGAAUUUACCACAGGUGGACUCCAAUCAAGUUGUUGAAACAUCUCAAGGAUGAUCAAGGGAAAUUGGAUGCACCUGAGCUCAACUUUGAGUCUCAUAGCAAAGGGUCUGAAUACUUAUGGAAAUAAGGUAUUUCUGUUUUUUACUUUUAAUAAAUGUGCAAACAUUUCAAAAAAACUGUUUUCGCUAUGUCAUUAUGGGGUAUUGUGUGUAGAUUGAUGAGGAAAUUGUUUAAUUUAAUACAUUUUAGAAUAACGUAACAAAAUGUGAAAAAAGGGAAGGGAUCUGAAUACUUUCCAAAUGCACUGUAUACAACUUAAUACUAAUUCAUACUAGACACUAACAUUUCUAAUUCAACUUAGUACUAGUAGUUCUGUUAUAGUGAUAUUAGUGCUAUAUUAGUAAUAUAUUAGUACUACUACGACUACAUUAACUGUGUUGUUUUGUAUUUUGGCAGUUAAGAUGCACCCCCCUGGCAAGCCAAACAUCACUAAUUCCUCAAUCGCAUGGACACCAGGAGCUCCCAUUUCAGAUAUGAUCUCCCACUAUAACUUCCAGCUACAGUGGAAACAGGAACUACAUCACUGGGAGGUGAGAGAGAGAGGGGGGGGAGGGAGGGGGAGAAAGAGAGAAAGGGGGGAGGUAAGGGAGACAGAGGACAGAGAAUGACAAGAAGGAAAGGGGAGAGAUUAGAGAGAAUACAGUGAAAGAGAGAAUACAGUGAAUGAGAGAAUACAGUGAAAGAGAGAAUACAGUGAAUGAGAGAAUACAGUGAAAGUGGGAAUACAGUGAAAGAGAGAAUACAAUGAAAGAGAAUUCAGUGAAAGAGAGAAUACAAUGAAAGAGAGAAUUCAGUGAAAGAGAGAAUACAGUGAAAGAGAGAAUACAGUGAAAGAGAGAAUACAAUGAAAGAGAGAAUACAAUGAAAGAGAGAUACAGUGAAAGAGAGAAUACAGUGAAAGAGAGAAUACAUGAAAUACAUGAAGAGAGAAACAUUCAGUGAAAGUGGAGAAUCCGUGACGAGGAAACAGUGAAAGAGAGAAUUCAGUGAAAGAGAAUACAGUGGAAUACAGUGAAAGUGAGAAUACAGAAGAGAGAAUAAGGAAAGAGAGAUACACAUGAAAAGAGAAUACAAGUGAAGAGAGAAAAUACAGUGAAAGAGAGAAUACAUGAAGAGAGAAUACAUGAAAGAGAGAAUACAAUGAAAGACAGAAUACAAUGAAAGAGAGAAUUCAGUGAAAGUGAGAAUACAGUGAAAAGAGAAUACAGUGAAAGGGGGGAGGAAAGGGAGACAGAGGACAGAUAAUGACAAGAAAGGGGAGAGAUUAGAGAGAAUACAUGAAAGGGGGAGGAAAGGGAGACAGAAUGACAAUAAGUGAAAGAGGAAGUGGAAUUCAGUGAAGUGAGAUACAGAGAGAAUCAGUGAAAGAGAGAAUACAACGAAAGAGAGAAUUCAGUGAAAGAGAGAAUACAGUGAAAGAGAGAAUACAAUGAAAGAGAGAAUACAAUGAAAGAGAGAAUACAAUGAAAGAGAGAAUUCAGUGAAAGAGAGAAUACAGUGAAAGAGAGAAUACAGUGAAAGAGAGAAUACAGUGAAAGAGAGAAUACAAUGAAAGAGAGAAUACAAUGAAAGAGAGAAUACAGUGAAAGAGAGAAUACAAUGAAAGAGAGAAUACAAUGAAAGAGAGAAUUCAGUGACAGUGAGAAUACAGUGAAAGAGAGAAUACAGUGAAAGGGGGGAGGAAAGGGAGACAGAUGACAGAUAAUGACAAGAAGGAAAGGGGAGAGAUUAGAGAGAAUACAGUGAAAGAGCGAAUACAGUGAAAUAGAGAAUACAGUGAAAUAGAGAAUACAGUGAAAGAGAAUACAGUGAAAGAGAGAAUAGUGAAAGUGAGAAUACAGUGAAAGAGAGAAUUCAGUGAAUGUGAGAAUUCAGUGAAAGAGAGAAUUCAGUGAAAGUGAGAGUACAGUGAAAGAGAGAAUACAGUGAAAGAGAGAAUACAACGAAAGAGAUAAUUUAGUGAAAGAGAGAAUACAGUGAAAGAGAGAAUACAGUGAAAGAGAGAAUACAGUGAAAGAGAAAAUACAAUGAAAGAGAGAAUACAAUGAAAGAGAGAAUACAGUGAAAGAGAGAAUACAAUGAAAGAGAGAAUACAAUGAAAGAGAGAAUACAAUGAAAGAGAGAAUUCAGUGAAAGUGAGAAUACAGUGAAAGAGCGAAUACAGUGAAAUAGAGAAUACAGUGAAAUAGAGAAUACAGUGAAAGAGAGAAUACAGUGAAAGAGAGAAUAGUGAAAGUGAGAAUACAGUGAAAGAGAGAAUUCAGUGAAUGUGAGAAUUCAGUGAAUGUGAGAAUACAGUGAAAUAGAGAAUACAGUGAAAGAGAGAAUACAGUGAAAGAGAGAAUAGUGAAAGUGAGAAUACAGUGAAAGAGAGAAUACAGUGAAAGAGUGCACAUCUCUUUGUACACUAUCUAAAAGUACACCUACUCUAUGUUGUACUACUGCAGGAUGCUGUGGAGGUGAACAGAGUAAACGAACAGACGUAUUUUGACCUGGACCCUGAGAUGCUGGAGAGAGGAAGGAGGUAUCAUGUCAGAGUCAGGGUCCGAGCCGACCCAGACGUCCACCCAGACUGUCAGUGGAGCGACUGGAGCCCCAGUGCAUCAUGGGUCUCUUCUGUGGGCCAGAUGAAGCCACAGCCAACAGGUAAAUACAGCAUCAGUGAUACAAGUUUGAAUAUAUUCAACCGCAAUGUGUCUCUCUGAAUCACACAGGUGCGAGGGACUGCCUUAAUUGACAUCAUUUGAGCCCAGGGAGCAGCUGUUGUUCGGGGUUAACCGUCUUGCUCAAGGGCAGAACAGCAGAUUUUUUCCACUUUGCCAGCUCUGAGAUUCGCUAGGCUAUACAGUAUAUACUUGGGUUGCGUCCCAAAUUGCCCCCUUAGCUACUGUAAUUCUAUAUUACAGUACUGUAAAGCGCAAUGCAGUAGUGCACUAAAUAGGGAAUACAUUGCCAUAGUAGUGUGUUUCCAUAUUAUUCUUGAAAAAUAGCUUCUUCUUCUUCUUCUUCUUCUUCUUCUUCUUCUUCUUCUUCUUCUUCUUCUUCUUCUUCUUCUUCUUCUUCUUCUUCUUCCCUAUUUCUUCCUUUCAUUCUUAGAUAGGCAGACACAUGUUCAAAGCAAAACAAACUUACAGACAGAAAUGACAAUGAAUGCUCUUCUAUGCCAAUCUAUAGGUCAAAUAGUGGUGUUCUUAUGUAAGUUCUAAGUAUGUUCUAUGUAUAUUAUAAGUAUGUCGUUCCUCUGGUCCGGUUCUCAGGUCAUCCUGAUGUUCUAGACCAGGACUUUGUGGUGGUAACUGUGGUGGGAGCUGUUGUUGUACUGGUCCUGCUGGUCUCCAUGUUCCUCUGCAACGGAAAAUUGUGAGUACUGUGUGUGUGUGUGUGUGUGUGUGUGUGUGUGUGUGUGUGUGUGUGUGUGUGUGUGUGUGUGUGUGUGUGUGUGUGUGUGUGUGUGUGUGUGUGUGUGUGUGUGUGUGUGUGUGUGUGUGUGUGUGUGUGUGUGUGACCAGGUAAGCUUGGAAUAGAGGGGAAUUCAAAGUAAAUGUGAUGUAUUUUAAAACCAACCGACUGCAAAGUAAACAUCAUGUAUUUGAUGUGAUUUCAUGUUUUGUAGUUGGUUAACUGCAACUUCCUUUCAUGUUGUUCAGUGCUGACAGGGUCAAGGAGAUUCUGAAUCCUCCUAUACCAGAUCCCUCCAGGUACUUUGACGGCCUCAACCUCGAUCACGAUGGAAACUUCAAGGUCAGUUCUACUUUUGACUGAAGUCAUGUGCCAAAAGGCACCCUAUUCCCUAUAUAGUGCACUACUUUGUAAUGGCUGUAGACUUAGUUAGGUUAUAAUGGCUGGAAUGUAAUGGUAUCAAACAUAUAAAACACAUAGUUUCCAUGUAAUUGAUACCUUUCCAUUAAUUCCAUUCCAGACAUUAUUAUGAGCUGUCCUCACCAUUGUCUUACAUUAGCAUCAUGUAGGAGUGAAGCCACCUGUCAGAAGACAAUGCCGUCCUCAACUUAUCAGCCUCCUCUGCAACAAAAAGAGUACAGGAAUGAAAAAAGAAUCAUUUUAUUUUCCUCUCUCUCCGUGUCUCUGUGUGUGUGGUUUGGUGUGUGUGUGUGUGUGUGUGUGUGUGUACAUGCAUGUCUGUGUGUGUGCCUACAGGCUUGGCUGGGUCCUCUGUUCGUCCCUGAAUCCUUCGACUCUGCUGUGCACCGUGAAGACAUCUCCCAGAUAGAGAUCACCGACAGCCUGGACAAUGUCGCCCCCUUGAGGACAGCACUACUCCUGGAAAAGAGAUGGGACAGCAGUGCCCACUCUUCCAACUCCGGCUUCUCCAACUGCAGCUACUUUUUAUCUCAAUGCUCCCGGCCUGGAUCCUCCUCCACCAAGCUGGAACCCUGCUCUGUACACUCCCCUUACGGACCAGUAGGUGGCACUACUGAAGAGAUAGAAGAGAGGAAGGAGGAGAACAGAGGAGAAGGGAUGGAUAGUGGUGUAGUGAAGAAGGAUGGAGAGAUGGGGGGUGGAGGGAAGGAUAGAGAGAUGGGGGGUGGAGGGAAGGAUGGAGAGAUGUGGGGUGGAGGGAAGGAUGGAGAGAUGGGGGAUGGAGGGAAGGAUGGAGAGAUGGGGGGUGGAGGGAAGGAUGGAGAGAUGUGGGGUGGAGGGAAGGAUGGAGAGAUUGUGGGUGGAGGGAAGGAUAGAGAGAUGGGAGGUGGAAGGAAGGAUGGAGAGAUAUGGGGUGGAGGGAAGGAUGGAGAGAUUGUGGGUGGAGGGAAGGAUAGAGAGAUGGGGGGUGGAGGGAAGGAUGGAGAGAUAUGGGGUGGAGGGAAGGAUGGAGAGAUUGUGGGUGGAGGUAUACUUGGAGGCAUCAGCGGAGGUGAAGAUAUCCUCCAGGUUUCAUCUUACGAGCGUGUUGAGAAGCUCCAGGCCCAGCGUCGGGCCCUCAUAAGCCCAGAUUCAGGCAUCGGCAGUGGGGGAGAGGAUCAGGAAAGUCAGGAGAGUGUGGAGGAGGCGGACGGGCCUACGGCAACCAUCCCCCAUUUUGUCUCUCAGGACUUCCAUCUUGUUCCGCUUCUUCCUCUUAGCAAUAACAAUAACUUUCCAUUCUGCUCCACCCCCUUACCCACUGCCCUGUCCGCUUUCCCCCAGCCACCCUUCACCCUCCCUGGGUUGGAUAGUGUAGGGGGAAAGGGUAGAGAGAUGGGGGUUGGAGGAGGUUCUAUCACAAUGUCUUCCUCAUAUGAACGUGUGGAUAAGCUCCAGCUCCAGUCCCAACGCCGGGCCCUCCAGAGCCCAGAUUCAGGCAUCGGCAGUUGGGGAGAGGAUCAGGAAAGUCAGGACAGCGUGGAGGAUGCAGACAAGCCUACCUUCAACCAUAUCCCUCUUAUUACCAAUAACAAUAUAUUUCCAUUCUGUUCCACCCCCUUACCCAUUCCACUGACCGGUUUACCACAGAUACCCUUCACCUUCUCUGGGUUGGGGUUGGCUCCAUCUCUGGGUAUGAGUACCAGUCAUCCAGGCAGGCUGAUCGAGGAGAUGUCUCUCCUGUCCUCUUCAAUGGCAAUAGAUCCCUCUAGUGGCGGAUACAUG